GGGCUUCUUAUGUGGAGUACAUAAAAGGAGACCCAAGUCACCGCCUGAUCACCGCCUGAUAUUAGAUCAGGCGGUCUCCCAACCUUAGGAUGGGACAGCAGCACAUUCUUUUAACCUAGGAGUGCCGCCAAGAUGAAGUCUUUCCUCGCUCCUCUGGUCUAUGCCACAGUAGCGCUGGCGGCAAGCCGCACAUCCGCGCCCAAUGGAUGCUUGACUGUCACGAAGUCGCCUGGCAGCGGCCAGUACGGCACGGUCCAGCAGGCCGUCGACGCCCUUUCUACCUCGGCCUCUGGCACGCAAUGCAUUUUCAUCGACCAAGGGACCUAUGACGAACAAGUCCUGGUCCCUGAGCGGACCGCCCAGCUGACCAUUUACGGUUAUACGGCGGACACAAGCAGCUACGCCGGCAACAAGGUGACCAUCACCGCCAGCAAGAGCCAGGCCAACGGCCUCAACAACGAUGAAACCGCGACUCUCCGCAUCAAGGCCAAGAACUUCAAGCUCUACAACGUGAAUGUCGCCAACGCUUACGGCAAGGGCAGCCAAGCCGUGGCCCUAAGCGCGUACGCCGACAGCGGAUACUAUGGCUCUCAGUUCACUGGGUUCCAGGACACCGUCCUCAGCCAGUCGGGCAACCAGCUAUACUCGAAAUGCCUAAUCCAAGGCGCUACCGACUUCGUUUUCGGCCAGAGGGCUAUGAGCUGGUUCGAGCAGUGCGACCUCCGCCUCGUUUCCGCCUCCGUUGGCUACAUCACUGCCAACGGCCGCCAGAGUGCAUCCGACAGCUCCUACUACGUUUUCAACAGCUGCAACAUCGCCGCCGCCGCCGGAAACAACGUUUCCGCCGGAGCCUACUUCCUCGGGCGCCCUUGGAGGCAGUUUGCUCAAGUCGUGUUCCAGAAGACAACCAUGUCGAACGCCAUCAACUCCGCAGGCUGGGCGACGUGGAACGCCGGCGACAACCGCACCAGCAACGUUCUCUUUGGCGAGUACCAGAACACCGGUAUCGGGUCGCAGGGCACUCGCGCCAGCUUCUCCAAGAAGCUCGGCUCGGCUGUAUCUAUUUCAAGCAUCCUGGGGGACACCUACACCAGCGCGGGAUACUAUGAUGCUGCCUACAUGUAGGAAGUGCACCAAAGCGGGUUCUCCCCCCCCUGCGCUAUACGCGGGCGUGGUGGUCAGAUUUCUUCGUACAUAUACUUUUUCUGCCCAAUCGUAGUAUAUAUUAAUCACAACGCCAUCCCAGACGGAAGUCAAU